AUGUCCGACAACCAAGUUCAGCCCGCCGAGGCCGCUCCCGCCGUCACCGAGCCUACCGCCGAGCAGACUGCUAGCGCGCCUGUCGAGAAGCCCGCUGAGGCUACCACUGAGGCUCCUGCUGAGGCUGCUACUGAAGCCGUCACUGAGACCACCACCGAGGCCAAUAAUGAUGUGAAGGAGGCGGCCGAGUCCAAGAAGGACGAGACUACUGAGGACGCCAAGGACAACAAGAGGGACCACAGGGGCCCUCGCAAGUACCAGAAGUUCCAGAAGAAGUCGACCUAUGCCGGCGAGGAGUCUAGCGAUCCUGAACAGAUCAGGAAGCAGGCAUGUAGACCGCCGAUUCGCUAUGCACCUCAAAUUUCCUAA